AACCGGGCGUAGACCGAAGGCUAACACGACCCCGAAGUAGGAGUCCUUUUGCCAAGGGGAUUUGGGAUAGGUCAGGAACCCAAUUUGUUGAUCGGAAAGUUCACAGUAUACAUACAAAUCCCCAAAUUGGAAUCCAACGUCAAUGUGAUGGUUCUGGUCUAGCUCUGUGACGUUGUCUCUGUGUGGCUUAGCGGUUUUGAAAUCGGAUUAGAAGAAGAAGUCGCAGAAAAAAGAAAACCCAAGAAGGCGUUUGGUGAAUCAAUAAGAAACUACGAGGCGAACAAGAAGAAGAAUCGGAACGUUCUGAGAGGUUCAUUUAUCUCUCUUCAAAAUGAAGACGACGAAGGGAGGCAAGGUCAUGAACCCCACCGAUGCCUACCGUAAGGAGCUUCGUAAGAAGGAAUUGAAAAGGAACAAGAAGGAAAGGAAGAAGGUGAGGGAAGUGGGGAUUUUGAAGAAGGAUCCAGAACAACUUAAAAAGCAGAUUGAGAACUUGGAAAUGAUGAAGGCUGAUGGUGCUUUGGACAAGGCAAGAAAGCAUAAGAAGAGACAGCUUCAGGACACACUUAACCUUGUGUUAAAGAAAAGGAAGGAAUAUGAAGAAAAAAUGCGGGAGAAGGGUGAGACCCCCGUUAUGUUCAGUCACUUGGGUCUUCCCCGAAGACGAACAACUGCAGAAGAAGAAGAGAGAGUCAAGCACCCAAAGCCUGAGGACUCUGUUUACUAUCAUCCAACACUGAACCCCACUGGGGCUCCGCCACCAGGAAAACCUCCCAUGUUUAAAUCAUCUGUAGGGCCCAGAAUUCCCUUGUCUGGUGCUUCAUCAAGUAAUGCUGCGUCAUCCUCAAAGCCAGAAUCAGAGGAUGAUAUCUUAGCUGUUCCUCCUCCUCCCCCACCCCCUCCCCCACCUCCUUUGCCUGAUACUAGCAGUGUUAGUUCAGCUGAAGGCUUGGUUUUACCUGCUUCUUUGCCUCUACCUCCACCACCUCCCAUGCCACCCAAGCCUUCUACAGCAAACGUGCCUACAUCAUUACCACCACCUCCUUUGCCACCCCCACCUCCUGGACCUCCACCUAAAGAACAAGUUGCAAACCGCCCUAUACCACCUCCACCUCCCCCCCUCCAACAGUCUCAGCCACAAGUACCUGGUACCAGUGGAAGUGAAGAGAGAAAUCAAUCCUCCUUGUUAGAUGAUUCAUCUUUGGAGGAGCGUGGUCAGGCAUCUCUUCCUCCACCCCCUCCACCCCCCGGCGGAAUGCCACCAAAAUCUGGUGCUAGUCAGUCAGAUGGUGCUUCUUCUGUUGCUGAUAAUAAGAACUCAUUGGCAAGCCAGGAGAUCCCCAAAAUGGUUCCUGGGCCACCACCUCCUAGGCAACAGCCUUUAGUUGUAGGACCCCCAUUAAUUCCAACCUUACAGCCUGACGUAUUACCCCCUGGAAUAUCUCGAUUUGCACCACCCCCACCACCCCCACCUGAUAUGAGACCUCCUUUACCUGCUCCAGGACUUCCAGGUCAAGCACCACCUCCUGGAAUGAUGGUCCCAAUAAUUCCAAGGCCACCUUAUGGCCCUCCACCAGGGCCACCUCCAAUGAUGAGACCGCCACUUCCACCUGGUCCUCCUCCCAACUUUCAUGAAGAUGAUCAUGAGGCUAUGAGGCCAACCCCACCACAGAAACCAUCAUAUGUUAAAUCUGCUGCUUCAACUGUUGUCAAAAGACCACUAGCGCAGCACACUCCGGAACUUACAGCUAUGGUUCCUGCAUCUGUUCGAGUGAGAAGAGAAACUGCAAUGCCAAAGCCAAAGCCGAAACCAUCGCUAUCAAACUCUGCAACAGUUGUUGGAACAUCAGCUCCAGCUGUUGUGAAGUCAGAGUCAGCAAGCUUGUCAUCAGCAGCAAAAGGACAGAGCAUUGAUGACUCAUAUAUGGCUUUCUUAGAGGACAUGAAAGCCCUUGGGGCACUUGAUAGCUGAGAGAACUGUGGGGGAUAGAAAUUGGGGAAAUAGAAAGAAAUCAUGCUCAAGUCUGGAGAAAAUGGACAAAACUAGCUUUUGAAUGGACCUGAUGCGGAGAGUAGACUUACUUGUUAUCCUCUGUUUGUCGAUUAGAUUAUCAUGCUCAAGGCAGGAGGAAGUAACCAAAACUAGCGUUUGAAUGGAACAUGAUGCUGAGAGCUGAUUUGUUUAUUGUCCUGUUGCUUGAUAUUGGAGAGGGUUUCUUUUAUUGUAAUGAAAUAUGAAUUGGUGCUUCAUAUUGUUUUUAUUAGGCUUAGAUUUGAACUAACUCGGUGGAUAAUUUGAUGCAACUGGGGCAAUCUUCUUGGGGGCAGUGAAGGAGGCAAAAUGCUAGAUUCUAAAUGUGUACUUCAUUAAGUUCUAAAAAUUGCAAUUACUUUAUUAGUACAUUUUAAUUAUCACA